GUCAAUGGAAGAAAAGCUAGCCUGGCUAAAAAGCCUUUAAAAGCUGCUUAAAGCUUUAGGAAAAGUGGAUUGCAGAAAGCAAGAGCUUUUCCUCUUCCUCUCUCUUUCUCUCUCAUAUGUGACCGUGAGAGAGAUGAAAGAAAGUAAAGCUGAAACCUACUGAGUCCAGCUUUACCUGCAGACAUGUGUGUAUGUAGGGAUUGAUUGAUUCUUAGUCAUCUUCUUCUCUUACUUAAACUCUUCCAUCACAUCCUCACAAAAAUCCACCCAUGUUCGGUAACACCAACAACAACAACACCGCGGCCUCUUCUUCCGCUCCUCCGUCUUCUUCCUCCCAUGAAAAUGGCGGAGCCACCCACAAACGAAAAAGAAGACCUACAGGCACACCAGAUCCGGAUGCAGAAGUGGUGUCUCUGUCCCCCAAGACCCUACUCGAAUCGGACCGGUACGUGUGCGAGAUCUGCAACCAGGGAUUUCAGAGAGACCAGAAUCUGCAGAUGCACAGGAGGCGCCACAAGGUGCCGUGGAAGCUGCUGAAGCGAGAGAUAGCGGAAGAUCAGGUGAUCAAGAAGCGGGUGUUCGUGUGCCCGGAGCCCAGCUGCCUCCACCACGACCCCUGCCACGCCCUCGGCGAUCUCGUCGGAAUCAAAAAACACUUUAGAAGAAAACAUAGCAACCACAAGCAGUGGGUCUGCGGCAAAUGCUCCAAAGGCUACGCCGUUCAGUCCGAUUACAAAGCACAUCUCAAAACCUGCGGCACCAGAGGACAUUCCUGUGACUGUGGCCGGGUAUUUUCAAGAGUGGAAAGUUUCAUAGAGCACCAAGACACUUGCACAGUACGACACGUCGUCCGGCCGGAGUUACAGGCAGCGUUACAGCCGGCGGCCUGCUCGUCGCGAACCGCAUCGAGUACCAGCCCCUCCAGUGACACCAAUUUCAGCAUUAGUAACAAUGUGGCAGCUCCAGUAGUAUUGGCUGGACUCCCGGUGCGACCAAACCCAACUCACCAUCACGAUCAGCGUGACGGUAUGAAUCCUUAUAAUUCUUGCAACCGCCAGCAGCAGCAGCAGCAACAACAACGAGUGCAUAAAAAUAUAUUGGAACUUCAGCUCCUUCCGUCGUCAAAAGCGCAUACUUCUUCCCCGCCAAAUUUAGACAAACGUCACGCAACUAAUCUGAAGCUCUCGAUUGGAUCCCCGUCAAGUGAUCAGCUUGACAACGAAAAGAAUGAAUCAGGCAAGUAUAAUUCAUCACAUAUAAUAAGAACAAGCAACUCUCCAGGUGAUGAGAAUGAAUCGGCUCUUGGAGGAGUUGGGCCCGCAUCGGAUGUGGCCAGGUUGAAAGAGUUUGCGAGUGAGGAGCUGAAGUUGGCCGUGGCUGAAAAGUCUUACGCCGAAGACGCCCGGCGAGAAGCCAAACGGCAGAUAGAGAUGGCGGAGAUCGAGUUCGCGAACGCCAAGAGGAUCAGGCAGCAAGCGCAGGCUGAGGUGGAGAAGGCUCAGUUGCUCAAAGAGCAGGCAACUAAGAGAAUCAGCUCCGCCAUUUUGCAAAUCACUUGUCAAGCUUGCAAGCAACGUUUUCACAUUGCCUCUGCUGCUUCUGCCGCCGCAGGAGGAGGAGCACUGGGAGGAGUGGGACCCUCUGAUGAGACAUCCCUAGCUAUGAGUUACAUGUCCUCCGCCACAACCGAAGGAGAAGGAGAUCAUGAUCACACCACAUAAUAAUUAUCAGUAAUGACGUAAUAUUUUGUAUUUGCUUUGUUUUUCUUGUUUUCGUUCACAUGCAACGCUUAUUUGAAGGUCUCUCACAGACCUUCACUUUAUUUCUAACCAUUGUUUGGGAUAUUGGUUGGAAGUGUUGUCAUUGGGUGCUUGUAUUUAAUAUUUCAACAAUUAUAUUAUACCUUCAUUUGUUACAAAAAGGAUUAAAAAAAAAAAA